GGGCAGGGACUGUGAGGAGGGCCAGGAUUCAAAUUCUAAGUGAUGUGUUGUCCCCCCAUUGUCAGUGGGGUAUAAUAGCGAGGAGUCCAAACUGGCCGCAGGGCUUUGGAGAGUUGGCAUCAGAGAAGGAAGUGGCCGCUCCUCGUCGCUGGAACAGCACUGGCCGGAAUUCUGGAUUUCACUAUGGCCUCUUCAAACUGCACGCGGAUUACAUCACUUUUCAUUUUAAUGAUGCUGAGCUGCUGUGGAGUGUUUGGGCGCGCGGUGGGCACAUCGGAGCUUUUGUCAGGGGAGCCACACGAAGCGACUUUACGCACAGGCCGGUGGCUGCGGAGCACCGCGGACCGGUGCGCGGAACUGGAAGCACCUUGGCUGGAGAACACGCAAGAAGCUCCCGUAGAUAGCGGGACGCGUUUGGAGAUCCGCAUGCGGCACUUUUCCUCUAGAGCUUCACGUGGGUUGGUUUUUCCAGGAAAGCCUCUGUUCAGCUUCGUCCGGCGCGUCUACCGCUGCUGUCAAGAAGGAGUAAACUGCAGGAGGCUGAAAGGGAUUCAAGGUCGCAUGAAAGGAGAUACAGGUGUGGAGUUCGUCCUCACCGGGGAGAUCUUAUCAUUAACGGUUACAAGAGCCGAGCUUCACCUUCAACUUUCCAACCCGCAACAUCUGGACAUCCGCCCUGUGCUUCCAUCCAUGGAGAAGCACAAGCUUCCUACAAGGUACACUCUGGGGUCACAGGGUCACACCGUGGAAUUGAGAGUGGACCUGCUGUUCCUUUUCCACAGCGCACAGGAGGUCAUGGGUGGUCGAAGGCGAGGCCCCAGCCUGACAAACAUCUGGCGGGCGGUGUUUUUGUCCGGUGGAGAUCCGCCGGGUGAAAAGCCCUUUGUAAAAGAUUCGGAGGACAACAUGUUGGGGAGUCCUCUUCUGGAUCUGGGCUUGGUCCUGGGUUGCAGUCAGGAUGGAACUGAGGUGUCAUGUAGAGAUGGUGGUGUUGACUUCACGCACACACCUUUCAUGGCUCUUUAUUUUGGAUGAGGUUAACAAUCAUACCUGACUGUUUUUGCACGGUCUAUUGCCAAUACCAGCUGACGACAAACAAAACUGAAAAGGAUGCACUUCAAUGUCAAAAUGAUUAAUUUAUAGGCUAAAUCUUUUGCAAACUAUCUAUCUAUCUAUUUAUGUGUGUGUGUAAAUAUGUAAAUUGUAAAUAUGACAUACUGUAAGUUUAUUGUGCAAUUUUGUGGUUAUGAGACUCGGUCCAGCAGUGGUUCAUGACAAAACAUGCGGCCUCCUCAGUCUGCUUUGUUCAGCUGCUGUCCUCCUUUAGCUACGCAUUAAUCUGCCUCGUGCUUCUAUUUAAAGAAGUUUUCACAGUUGGUGGGAAAAAGAAGAAAAAACAACACCUGGACAAACAAAGGGCUUGCACAUGUGCUUCGACCAUGCUGAACUGAGCUGCGAUUAUUCUGUUCAUUUGUGAGGAAGUACAGUUAGACGCUCGGACCCUGUAACAGUUUUCUAUCAUCCUUCAGAAACUCAGAAACUGAUGAUUAUCAUCGUUCACUUUUUAAACAUUUUUCAUUUGUUUACUCAAAAUAUGACUUCUGAAGGAGUGAAAAAAAGGACUUAUUGUACAUUUUUGUUUCUGUGCUUUGCUCAUGUGGUUGGACCGACCAUAAAAUAACUUAUUGGCUACACAAUAAAUCAGCUAUUAAUAAAAUUCUUUAGACGAAA